AUGUCAUCAUCCUAAGACUUAGUGAAGUGCUCGUUUAACACAGACGACAUGGGAUAACUGUUGUAUAAAGAGAAUUAUCAUAAGUGGAUAAAAGUAUAAGAGCUGAUUGCUAAAGAUCCGAUAUUGUAAAAUAAUGUAGCAGAUUACGGAUAAAGCAGAGAUAAAUUAUAUGAAAUCUAUUGCAAGAAGGCCUAUAAACUACAUAAAUUACUAAAUUAUAGCGAUGAGAUGAUUCCAGGUAUGGUGAACAGUCAAUUCCCAGAGACUGUGGUGACUGUGUUACAUUAAACCAUGUUUAUACCCACAAUCAAGUAUUUGGGAACCGAAAAGUAAAUAGAGAAAUGGAUUCCUCCUUCAUAAAAUUAUGAAAUUGUGGGAUGCUAUGCUCAAACUGAAUUGGGUCAUGGAUCAGAUGUCUAGAGUUUGGAAACUACUGCUGUUUAUGAUAAAGGCACAGAAGAAUUCAUCCUCAACUCACCAACUAUUUCAUCAACCAAAUGGUGGAUUGGAGACUUGGGAUUGACAGCCACACAUGCUGUAACUCAUGCUUAAUUAUUCAUUAAUGGAAAACAUUAUGGAGUCUAAACAUUUAUUGUCUAAGUCAGAGACACACAUACUCAUCUACCACUCAAAGGAAUUGAAGUUGGAGACGUAGGACCAAAAUAUGGUUAUAACACGAAAGAUAAUGGCUAUCUUAGAAUGAACAAUGUCAGAAUUCCUAGAGAAUAAAUGCUUAUGAGGUAUUCCAAAGUUAGCAAAGCUGGUGAAUUCAUUAAGGCAUAAAAUGAAAAGAUUGGAUAUGCCACCAUGAUGUAAGUAAGAACCUCAAUCAUUUAUAACACCUAUGUCUCAUUAGCAUAAGGAUUAGCUAUUGGAGUCAAGUAUUCUCACUUUAGAAGACAAUUUAAGGAUAAAAAUGGCAUUGAAAGACCUAUCAUUGAUUAUUAAACUCAAUAAGAUAAAUUGAUUCCAUUGGUAGCAGAUUGCUAUGCCUAAGGCUUUGGAUGUUUAAGAAUUAGAGACAUUUUGACAGAAAAUCUCAAAAGGAUAACUGAGAAAAAUGACUUUUCUUUAAUGGGAGACUUGCAUGCAUUAUUAUGUUGUUGUAAGGCUGUUUAUACUUGGAAUACUCACUUUGGCUUAGAUAAAAUUAGACAAUCUUUAGGAGGACAUGGAUUUUUAUAAUCUUCAGGUGUUGUUAGCAUUUAAACUGAAUUUGCUCCAAGUUGUACUUAUGAAGGUGAAAAUACAGUUCUACUAUUACAAACUGGUAGAUAUUUAUUAAAAGCUUGUAAUAAAGCACAAAAACACUAAACAAUCAAUGAGAAUGUUGAGUACCUCUAUAACAUUUAAUAAACUUUAUCAUAAAAAGCUACUUUCACAAGAGCUGAAUAAUUGUUGUGUCCUGAAAUCAUCAGAAAAUUGAUGAGAUUACAUGCUGCCUUUUAUGUAAAUAAAAUGAUGCUUAAAAUGAUGGAAAAAGCUGGGGAACAUGGACCAAAAGAAGCAUGGAACAAACACGUCGGUGUUUCAAUUACUGAAGCUUCUAUCGCUCAUACUUAUUAUUGGACAUUUAAAACGUUCUUAGAUACAUUAAUAAAAGUUUAGGAUGAGAACAUUAGAUCAGUCUUAUCCAAUCUAUGUUGUUUGUAUGGUUUACAAAGAAUUAUUGAUUGGCCAAUUGGUUAUUUUGAAGGUGGAUUUUUGAAUGGGGAAUAGUUAGAAAUCAUUUUGAAUGCAAAAGAACAUAUUUUCACACUUAUAAAACCAGAUUUACUUGGACUUGUUGAAUCUUUCAAAUUCAAUGACAAUGCUUUAAGAUCAGAUUUAGUAGAUGCCAAGCCUUAUGAAAAGUUAUUGCAAAGUGCCAAAUUAAGUUCUGUAAACAAUGAAGAGUACUAAAAUAAAUUAAGAUCAUUAACAAGAUAACUUAGAGAGAUGCCAAAGCUGUGAUUUAUAAAUAAUAAAUUAAUAAAUAAAAAUAA